GUCUGUCAUCCCCUCGUCCCCAUGAUGGUACUUCAGGUGUUAUCGGAAAUGUAUUUUCCAUAUUUACAAUUAGACAUGAGGAAUGAUAUAUGUAUUUACAAUUUAGAGUAGCCCAUCAUAAUAAGACUCGUAAUGUGAAAUGUGUGCUUUGGAGAUAACGAAACGAACGUUAUGCCAUUAACUGAAGCGAACUGAGGGGAGACGGAGGGGAUUACGAUGGGCUAGAAAGGUAGCAUCAGAUGGCGUGCACACCAUAGACAGUAGCGCACACGGAGGCUGGUCUUCUGUUGCUGAGCUGCUGAACAACACAGGACACGGGACGGGGGGAGGUGGACUGCGGACACACAGCAGAUUGUGGCACUGGGCGUUUCAGGGAAGUCAAAAUGCUGCAUGUAGCUAGACCUCAUCGGUCAUGACCGCACUACAGGGCAAUAAUGUCGAAAGGACAACGGGACUAAAAGGCAAGGUUGACAUGUUACGGCCAGCUCAGCUAUCGGCUAGCUAUUAGCGUACUAGCUCUGGAAGAAGGAGCCACUAGCAGCAAGUAGCAAGUUUUCUCUGCUGUUUUUGAUCGGCUUGCUUUACGUCCCUAGCUCAGUGAUUUGCCCAGUGGUUUAGUCCAAUAUCGGGUAUAGAGUAACGUUAGCUUGACUUGCACCCGGCAUCGGAUCACUGCGUUUACUACAGGAUUCACUGUGCCCUGUUUGGCAGCGUCUGUCAAAUCUGUGGACGUGAACAGCUGUAUCAUGCUCCUGUAAAGGUUCAGAUCGAGCAAAUGAAAUCACUGGUCCAGGAUGCAGAGAAGGAGGGUGUCGAUUCCGAGGAGCUGGUGUCAAUGCCUUCUCCUUCGGCCUCUGUCUCUCCAGACGCUCCCAGUAUCACCAUAACUGGACGAGAUACGAACAAUUUGAGCACCUGUCGAAAUAGAAGCAAAAGUCGUGGGAAACCAGCUAAAGAAGACAAAAACUUAAGUGUCAAACACAAUAAAGAUCCACCUUUCCACAGUUCUCUUCUAGGACAAAAACAAAACAGACAAGAGAAUGAGAGAACUCUUCUUAUCAGAGGAACUGAGAAAGUUCUGCAGGGUAGGUCCGAGCCCAAUGGCAACUAUAUGAACAACCCCCAUUUGAAAAACAUUCAGGAUCACGAAAAUGGAAUUAAACAUCCACGGAAGAAGAAACCUGUGACCGUGGACUCCUCAAAGGCCAAAACCUCACUGGAGGCUCUGAAAAUCAGCAUCAAGCAUCUCAAAUGGAAAGAGUUUCCCAUGGGACGACGAGCUGCCUGUGACAUAUACUGGCAUGGUGUGUCUUUCCACGACAAUGAACAUAUUGUCUCUGGGCAGGUCAACAAGUUUCCAGGAAUGGUUGAGAUGCUGAGGAAGAUCAACAUGAGCCGUGCUAUGCGUACUAUGCAGGAGCUGUUCCCAGAGGAGUAUGACUUCUAUCCCCGCUCAUGGAUUUUACCUGAAGAGUACCAGCAGUUCACCACACAGAUUCGCAUGGUGAAGGAGAGCGAUGCAACUGUCAACCACACCUUUAUAGUUAAGCCAGAUGGGGGCUCUCAGGGAGACGGUAUCUACCUCAUCCGUGACCCCAGUGACCUGAAGCUUGUUGCUGGGUCACAGGCCAAACAAGGUGUUGUCCAGGAGUACAUUCAUAAGCCAUUACUCAUCGACAAGCUCAAAUUUGACAUCCGCCUGUAUGUGCUCAUCAAGUCACUGGAACCACUGGAGAUCUACAUUGCCAAGGAAGGGCUAACACGCUUUUGCACAGAGCCUUACCAGGAGCCAAGCCAGAAGAAUCUCAGCCAUGUCUUCAUGCAUCUGACAAAUUACUCCCUCAAUGUUCACAGUGGCAACUUUGUCCACUCCGACAGCCAGAGCACAGGUAGCAAGCGCACUCUUUCCAGUGUGCUGUACAGGCUCGCCGCUAAAGGAGUGGACAUCAAGAAGGUGUGGUCUGACAUUAUCGCAUUGGUCAUUAAGACCGUUAUUGCUGUGGUGCCUGAACUGAAGGUCUACUACCAGGCAGAAAUACCUCCUGGCAAACCUGGACCUACAUGCUUUCAGAUAUUAGGAUUUGAUAUACUCCUGAUGAAGAACCUGAAACCAGUUUUGCUAGAAGUUAACUCCAAUCCAAGCAUGAGGAUUGAGCAUGAGCAAGAGAUCACACCAGGUGUAUUUGAAUAUGUUCCCAGUCCUGUGGAUGAAGAGGUGAAAGUGAAUGUGAUCAGAGACACACUGCGCCUUAUGGAUCCCAGCCGCAAGAAACCGCCAAUAGCACUGUCCAGACCUGGAGGAGAAGCUUCAGAAGAGAUUUCUGCAGAGCCUGAGUCCCCCGUGUCCAAUCCAGAGGAAGCCCUGCCCUCUCUGUGUCUCAAACAGGUCUACCCCAAAUACACCAAACAGUUCAACCAUCUGCGUUUGGUGGAGCGCAUUGCAGCCCUCUUCAUUCGCUUCCUGGGGGUUAAAGGCAACAUGCGCCUGGGCCCUACAGCCUUUAGGACCUUCAUCAGGACUUGCAAACUUAGCAACAGUAGUUUCACAAUGGCUUCUGUGGACAUUCUCUACAUUGACAUCACACGGCGUUGGGCAGGAGCGGUGGCAGAUUCCAGAGAAGCUGGCAUGGGUCUGCAAGCUUUUGUAGAGGCUUUCUUCUCACUGGCUGCACGCAGGUUCAAAUCUCUGGGCCAGAGGCAGCAGGUGGUAGCUCUGCUGGAGCUGUGUGAGCUGAGUGUAUGUGAGGAGAGGCGCUCAGUGAGCUGCAGCCGUGCUCUGUCUGGAGGCACCAGGACUCUGGCCCACACUGCACAGCUCUCUCCUGCUCCUCUGAGGAGAGCCGUCAGCCAGGACCAGCGUCUUCACUACAGACUCAAAGCCCGUGGCCUCAGGGUCAACGCAGACAACUGAGGGACACAUGAUGAACAACUGAGAGGCUGCCUUACAUUGUGGCCACAGAGGGGCAUGAUGGGAAUCAUGGGAAGGAGGGUUGUAUCCUGACUGAGUGAACAGUGCAUGGUUGUUCAGUGUUACAGGGAUGAAGGAGCAGGGAAUCUGAUUUGAGGCCUGACCAUAGUUCACUAUGGCUCGUUUUACUGGGCAGCUAUUGGCCUCCUUCCACUGUAUGUGCACACGCAUCUUCUUUGUUGUGACUGAUAAACUAGCUUUACCACUGGCAUUUAUAAAGCACUAAGCAGUGUC